CUUUGGAUAUUUCUAAAGGAAUGGCUUCAUGUUGCUGGUUGAAUGCAGAGCAGCUGCAGAGAAGAGAGGUUUUGUUGCAGCAAUUUUUGUGCAGCUGCGAUGAACUGAUCUGAAGCAGUUUGGCCAUCAGAGAUGGAUAAUAAAAUGUCCGAUGAUGCCAGUGACACCAUAGCUACUGGAGACAAAGCAGAAAUUACUGAGAUGCCCAAUAAUGAUUCUUUACCCAAAGAUGCAGAGGUGCACUGUGAUUCAGCUACGAUUUUAAAUGAGCCAACACUGGCUGACCCCAGAGAAGAUGUGCAUGAAAAUGCAACCAUUCAAGAUACAGAGACUGCUGACAAUGGGUGCCCUGAGCAGCCCACAGACACCAGUGCCAUGGAGCCCUGCAUCAAUCAAGAAGUGACUGAGAAUGCACUUGCUGAAUGCAUUGAUGCUGUCAGCCUCGAGGCAGAACCUGGAUCUGAAAUACCCUUGAAAGAACAGAACAAUCUGGUAGUGGAUUCCCCUCCACAUGGAGGGGGAUGGGCAGGCUGGGGCUCCUGGGGCAAAUCUCUGUUCUCAUCAGCAUCUGCCACAGUAGGUCAUGGAUUGACAGCAGUCAAGGAAAAAGCAGGGGCCACCCUACGGAUUCAUAGUGUAAAUUCUAGCUCUUCUGAAGAGGCCCAACCUGACACCGAAAAUGACGUCCUUCAAAUAGCAGAUGCGGUCACAGAUCAGAACCCCGCAGAAAGCCCGCCCACUUCACCUUCAUCGGGGUCUCGGGGCGUGCUGUCGGCCAUCACCAGUGUGGUUCAAAACACAGGUAAAAGCGUCUUAACAGGUGGUCUCGAUGCUUUGGAAUUCAUCGGCAAGAAAACCAUGAUUGUCCUUGCAGAAAGUGACCCAGGCUUUAAGCGGACCAAGACACUCAUGGAGAGAACCGUUUCCUUAUCUCAGAUGUUAAGGGAGGCCAAGGAGAAGGAGAAGCAGAGACUGGCACAGCAACUCACGGCCGAGAGGACUGCACACUACGGGAUGCUGUUUGAUGAGUAUCAAGGUCUGUCACACCUGGAGGCCCUAGAAAUCCUGUCCAAUGAAAGCGAAAGCAAGGUUCAGUCAUUUUUAGCAUCGUUUGAUGGAGAGAAGCUGGAACUCUUAAAAAAUGACCUAAUUUCCAUUAAAGACAUCUUUGCAGCCAAAGAAUUAGAGAAUGAAGAGAAUCAAGAAGAACAAGGCUCAGAAGAAAAGGGAGAAGAAUUUGCUAGCAUGCUUACAGAGCUUCUCUUUGAAUUACAUGUUGCAGCCACACCUGACAAACUCAAUAAGGCCAUGAAAAAAGCUCAUGACUGGGUGGAGCAAGAUCAAACCAUGGUGCCAGUGGAUGUGAUGGAAGAGUCAGAGGAGAAAACUACGAAGGAAGAACAGGAAGAGAAACCCGAAAACCCCAAAGAAGACAAAAAAGAAGACGGGAGAACUAAGACAGUUGAGGAAGUAUACAUGCUGUCCAUUGAAAGUCUGGCAGAAGUAACAGCACGCUGUAUCGAACAGCUUCAUAAAGUAGCAGAAUUAAUUCUUCAUGGACAAGAAGAGGAAAAACCAGCUCAAGAUCAAGCAAAAGUUCUGAUAAAAUUAACUACUGCAAUGUGCAAUGAAGUGGCCUCCUUAUCGAAGAAGUUUAUGAAUUCCUUAACCAUGGUUGGGAGCAACAAGAAGGCUGAGGUCCUUAACCCCAUGAUCAAUAGUGUAUUGUUAGAGGGCUGCAAUAGCACAACAUACAUACAGGAUGCCUUCCAGCUGCUUCUGCCUGUUCUGCAGGUUUCACAUAUCCAGAUCACUUCAAAAGCACAGCCAUGACCUAGCCAGACUCUAUCAAGUUCAAGGAAACAGCAGGCUUUGAUAUGUUUAUCAUUGAAGGUGAUACUUUCUAAACAUCUGGCCUCAGACACCCAUUUGAGGACACUACAAGCAACUUUGCACAGACAACAUUGAGAAUGCAAGUUUAAAGCGAGUAUCAUUUCUCUUAAUGCACAUUUUUUUUUUUACAAAUAAUUGUGUUUUCUUUAUGUUAAUUUAAAUGUACAGAGCUUUGUAUUGAUUAUUUCCUUUAAUAUGAAAUUCAUUCACAAAUGCUUAUUGCCAUUUUCCUGGUCAAGCAUGCUCUAUUUAGAAAUCUGUGGGCAGACCGUAGACUUUUUUUUUAAUCCUUUAAAUUUCCACCUUUAAAAUUUCCACUCUUGUAGUAUUACUUUAAAUUCAUUCUUAUACUGAACUUAGUUUCGUUACAUAAUUGUCAUGGGCAAAGAUAACACUAUUUAUAUAUAGAUUUACCAAUUAUGCUUAAAGACGAAUAUAAGUAUCUUUUUAUAGCCAUUCAUUCUUGAAACAAACAUUUAUUGAGUUCCACUGUAUGCUCACAAUAGAGGAACAUGCUCUCACCCCAAUACAAACAGAUAUUCUGAAAAAAGAUUUAUAAUAAUUCUUAAACUACUUUAAAAUACUAAUAAAGUUUCUGAACCGUAAAAAAUUUGAAGAACAAGGUAAAUUGGUGGUUUUAAAAAUGUUCUACCCUUCAAUUUAUUGUAUUUUUCCAUACUCCUUGAACAUUUUUAUCCCAAACUUUACAUAUGGGAUGAAAAUAUAUAUGAAAAGGGGUGCUAAAGAGUAUUUAGUUUAAAACUGACUUCUUAUGACCAUAAAUACAUGAUAGCCUAAUUACAAAGCUUGGAAGUAGUCAAAUAGAAAAUUAAAAGGAUUUCAACACAAUAGACUCCCACGAAUGCACGUUUAAAUCUACUGCAGUUGAGUCAGGCUGUUUUAUGAAUAUACAGAACAUACUCACCAGUAGCAAAUACCAUCAUUGCUUCUAAAGUGCAGCAAAUACUGAUGUGUGGGUUGACUAACUGGCGUAUUGAUCUUGAGAGGCUGCACGGAAGACCCUGCGAGGAGAAAUGUUGUCAAUGGCCACUUCUCUUGAGCUCCAAACAUUCAUAUCGGGGUGCUAUAUGAUGCUAUUUCAGGGCCCCACUGACACCCCUACAGGCACUGUCACAAGACAUCUACCCCUGUGUCUCUCUUCAGGGCAAAUGAGACCUAUACUUAUGCAAGUGUGAAAAAUACUUCCUUCAGAUUUGCUUUUACUCCCCUGAUAGAGUAGACUGCCUUUGUUCCAUACAAGCAAAGUAAGGAUGUUUUAAUAUCAUCCUACAUCUUAUAGCAUUUCAUUUGUCUAUAUCCUGCUAGAUUCCCAGAAUUAAACUUUAAGCCUAACUGUACCCAUUUAGUGCAUAGCAAAAUUUUAGUCAGAAAAUAAAUUAUCAAUCUGUAAAAGAAUGAGAUAAUUAUUUUUUAAAAAGUGGGUGACAUCAUUUACAUUGCAUUUUCAUUUGUGUAUCUUCUGAAAUGGCCACAUAGAAAACAUAAGAACAAUUUAUUUACAAUUUUGAAAAAAAGAUCCAAAGGAAUCAAUUAAAGUUGCUUUAUUUUUUACUUGCUUUUGGAUUACCUAAAAUAUUUCUGCUAUUAAGUCUAGAGAACAAUUAAGUGAUGAACGUGUUGCUUCUACCUCCUCAGAAAUUUUAGACUUUUAAUAUAUAGAUCGGAGAAAAGGACUUAGAUUUUUAAUUUCUUGACAUCAGAUUUUUUAGCAUCAGGUAAAUUUAUAGACGUUAACUGGAAAUGUAAAAGAAACAAAUAGUUUCAAAGAAGCUAGAUUCUCAGAAUUUGACUUUAAGCCUAACUGUACCCAUAUGGUACAUAGCAAAAUUUUAAUCAUAAAAUAAAUUAGAAAUCUGUAAAAGAAUAAGAGAGAUAAUUAUUAUUUUUAAAGCAGGUUACAUCAUUUACAUUGCAUUUUCAUGUCUUUUGAUCAGGUGAAGACAUAAACUGAGAGAUGAUUCUCUGGGCCUACUUCUAUGGUCUGUGGAUUACAUUAUUUAAGAGAGAAUACUCACUUAAAAUAUAUCCGCCCUCCAGGAUUGCUCUCUUUCAAUACUGCUUUUCACUAUCACUUUUAAAUAAUUGCUUCUUUGCUUUGCUUUAAAAGCUGGCAAAGCACAGGAUCCAAAUUUGGACAAGAUGUCAAUGAAUGAUUUAACAGACUGACUUUGGAAGUUUUUUAUUCCUUCAAUAAUCUUUUACAUAAAUUGGGUUCAUUUCACUCUGUGCAAUUACCCUGAAUAAGCGUGCCAGAUUUUUCUUACAUCAAGUGCAAAAUAAGUUCUAGUCUAAAUAAUGAAUGUAGCCUUGUGCCUGUGCCUUAUUAAAUCAAAAGCAUCAAAAGUCUAUUUCACAUUCAAAGCAAAAUGCAUCCAAGAAAAAUUCCUUUGGGGUAUUGAUAUGUACGCUGCUAAAGGGCAAAACUGAGUCCCAAAUCUUAAAGCAGAGGCCUAAACUUAAAUAUUCUCUCCCACUGAGAACAGAAAUCUCUCUUUUCCCUGGGUCUCACUCUGGGCUGCACAUCAAGCUCAUGGUUAAAUGAGUGGUGUGACUAGCUGAGGCAGUGUCAGGAGUGAGCUACUAAGGAAACAUGGACCUGCAGAGCUCACAGGAGAUGAAAGAAGCACCAACCUUGAGCAGUCUAAAGGAAAGUGCUAAGUAUAGGGUAGAUGUCUGAACCCAGAAAUGAGAAUGUUUCUGUGCUUUGUAGAAGUCACUGGCCCAGGUGCUCAAAUAUCGGAGAAAUCACCUUCUGCACAGGCUAGCCAUGCUCUGCUUAAGUUAGAAACAAAAGCAGACAGAUUGCAAUCAUAGCCAUCCCAGUGGUCCAGGACAUAACUUCUUAGGGAAGCAAUUUAGCAAAAAUGUGAAACAAACAUAUUUCUCUUCUUCCCUAAAAAAAUUACACACACACACACGUACACACAUGUGUGUAUGUGUACGUGUAUAUAUAUAUGUAUAUAUACAUACAAUAUAUAUGUAUAUAUACAUACUAUAUAUAUAUACAUUAUAUAUGUGUAUAUAUAUGUAUAUAUAUAUUGAACAGAUGGGGUAGAUCAUGAUACAUAACUUCAAUCUGUAUUUAAUUUUAUAAAAGCAAUUAUUCAGGGUCAGGCUAAUUUUUAUAAUGUAAAAACUGCCCUUUGAGCUUCCUCUUAAGCGUACCCUACAUUUUUAUAUUCAGAUCCAGGCUUCAACUUGAUUUCUUAAAUUCUUGUGUUUGUAAAGGUGCAUCAGAAGAGAUCAUAUAGACUGUCCAUCUUAGAACUACAAUUUUGCCCUGAUUUUGUGGUUGGUUAGAAUUUUUAAAACCGUAGGAGUAGAUUCAGGCCAGCUAUUCAUCACAUUAAAAAAAAAAAGAAUCCUGUGGUUUACCAUUUGUUUUGUUUUCUAGAUAUCGUAUAACUUAUUCAGGUUUAUGUUCAUUUUCUGUAUGUUCAUUUAUAAUAGAUGCUCUACUGCUAAUAUCUGCUAUUAAAAUCUGAGAAAAGACACCA